AGCCUCCUUCCUGUAGCCCGGUUGAGGAAGUGAAUUUCGCUGACAGGGCUGGGUUCAGUGAGGGAGAGGCGAACAAAACAUCUUCCGAGGGGGGUUAGAAAAACAAACAACAAACAACAAAACAGCAAGAGGCGAGAGGAGAGAUUUGAUAACCCACAGUGAAGCUAAGGUGUACAGUCAUCGGUGAAAUCGUGCUCCCCUGCCCCGCUGAGACCGCCGCAGACAUGAAUGACCAGCAGCUGGACUGUGCUCUGGACCUGAUGAGGCGUCUGCCUCCUCAGCAGAUCGAGAAGAACCUCAGUGACCUCAUUGACCUGGUUCCCAGUCUGUGUGAGGACCUCCUCUCCUCUGUUGACCAGCCCCUGAAGAUUGCCCGGGACAAGGUCGUGGGGAAAGACUAUCUGCUCUGUGAUUACAACCGAGACGGCGACUCCUACAGAUCCCCAUGGAGUAAUAAGUAUGAACCUCCCAUUGAAGAUGGUGCAAUGCCUUCAGCUCGCCUGAGGAAACUCGAGGUUGAAGCCAAUAACGCCUUUGACCAGUACAGAGACCUGUACUUUGAGGGUGGUGUGUCCUCCGUGUACCUCUGGGACUUGGAUCAUGGCUUCGCCGGAGUUAUUCUGAUCAAGAAGGCUGGGGAUGGAUCCAAGAAGAUCAAAGGGUGCUGGGACUCCAUCCAUGUGGUGGAGGUGCAGGAGAAGUCCAGUGGCCGUACGGCUCACUACAAACUCACCUCCACCGUCAUGCUGUGGCUCCAGACAACCAAGACCGGCUCUGGUACUAUGAACCUGGGCGGCAGCCUUACAAGACAGAUGGAAAAAGAUGAGACGGUUGGAGAAUCCUCACCCCACAUUGCCAACAUCGGCCGCCUUGUUGAAGAUAUGGAGAACAAGAUUCGCUCCACACUGAAUGAAAUCUACUUCGGGAAGACUAAGGACAUCGUUAACGGCCUAAGGAGUGUUCAGACUCUGGCUGACAAGUCAAAGCAGGAGGCUCUGAAGGUCGACCUGAUGGAGGCACUCAAACGCAAACAUAACAGCUAGAGAUGCUUUUUCGUUUUCCUCUGACUUCUCUCACUCUCUCUGCCUCAUCUCUGCCAUCUUUUCUCUGUUUCUUUUCGUCUCUCCCUCCAUGCCUGUUUCAGUGCUGCACUCUUGUUUAUUUGUGAAAAAACAAAAAAGGAGAAAAUGCUUAGCUUUUUAUUUGGUUUUUUUCUUUUCUUUUCUUUUUCUUUUUUUUUUUUUUGUUUUUUGUUUUUGUUUUUUUCUGUUGGGUUUAUUUUCAUGCAUCUCAUCUGCCAUGAAGCCAUUCACUCCCUCUGUCUCUCUUCACCCCUCUCUUCUCUGUCUGUUCUCUCCCAUGUUAUGAAUAUAAUGAUAGUAUUACCACGGUUAAUGAUAAUCUUACAGUGUGAGGAUCAUUGUAGUAAUAAUCCCUGAUGUUCUCACAGCUGAUGUGUCCUCGGUCAGUUUGAAAUGAGCGACUUUGGCCCUGCUCUUCCUCCAUGGUGAGGAAACGGACAUAGACUGUGCUGUACGUGGUGUAGGCUUGGUGGGGCUGUCAUUAUUAUGUACAUCAAAUUUAUUUCUUGCACCUAUUUUUGUCUACGACACCCCCCUGAUAUAUUUGUAUAAAAUUAUAACUGUCCGUGUAUAACUGUCAUUCUUCUGGCCGUUGUAAACGGUGCGAACACGAGGGCGGCCUUCGGUUUGUGUUAAAGGGUUUUUAUUCUUUACUCCACUCUGUCCGCAUGCAUGUAAGCCUAUGUGGGAGCAUGGGGCCGCAGCCAGUGGAAGUGUAGACUUAUCAAACAUGGGGGAUAGACUGUUAUAAUCACCAGGUACACCCUUGUCGUCGAUCCAAUCCCCUACACUGUGUAUAACAUGACAGUUUGCCUCCCCUCUGUUCGGCUUAUUCAACUCUUCUCUCUCCUCACCUACUAUGUCUUUGUUGGGGGUCACAGUUUGUCUUUGUGUCUCAGUGGAAACCUUUGACUGUUUCCAUUUUGGAGGGGAAUCUUUUGUUGUAUUUUUGUUUUGUUUUUAUUUUGUAAAGCUUAUGAUUCAUAUUGUAUUAGAGCCUCCAGCAACAAUAAAAACGGUAAAAAGCUA